CUCCUUCUGCUACUUUGCUUCGCCUUCGUGUCGGUGCCGGAUCUCUUCCCAAGUUCAGCAACAUUUAAUAAAAGCCUCCCAAAACUCUUUGUAAUGGCUGAGGCAGAAGCAACCACAGAGCUUACCACCGCAGGAGCUGAGGCUGCGGUACCACAGAGCAAGAAGCGCAGGGCCUCAGAGAAUGGUAUCGCUGUGCCUGAACUCAAGAAUGGGCUGUCUGAGAAAACCAAAAUCAUUGAUGAGAGCUAUUUUGCGUCGUAUUCUGACAUAGAGUUGCAUCGAACCAUGAUAGAGGACACGGUGCGCACUAAUGCUUACCAGCAGGCCAUUUUCCAAAAUAUGGAGGAGAAUAUUCGAGGCAAAGUUGUUGUAGAUGUUGGAUGCGGUACAGGGAUCUUAAGCAUGUUCUGUGCUCAGGCAGGAGCCAAAAAAGUCUAUGCCAUAGAUGCUUCAAAAAUUGCAGUGCAUGCAAAACAGCUGAUAGAAGCCAAUGGCUUUAAAGAUGUGAUUACGGUUCUCCAGGGUAAAGCAGAGGAAGUUGAACUGCCUGAGAAAGUGGAUGUCAUUGUGAGUGAAUGGAUGGGGUACAUGAUGCUGUAUGAGACCAUGUUGCCAUCUGUCCUCUAUGUCAGAGACAAGUGGUUAAAGCCUGGCGGUAAAAUGUACCCAGAGCGUGCUGUGCUGUACAUGGCCUUGGGAGAAGCUCAGUGGAUCACAACCUAUGAGGAAGGAACCUAUGACUUCUGGGUUUCCCUCAAUCAUGUGUACAAUUUGGACAUGUCUCUCUUGGCAGAUCAUGCUGUUGCCAGAUACAAAGAUGUUGUUCAUGUUCACAUGGUAGCUCAAGAAGAUGUGCUUAGUUUCCCAACUCCUGUCUGUGACUUGGAUCUGAACACUGUCAAGGCAGAAGACCUGCGGAACAUUUCGCACUCUUUCAACUUGGCCAGCAUUGGCUCUGGGCGACUGAACAGUAUGGUCAUGUGGUUCGACGUUUGGUUCCCUGGUGGAAUGAAACUCUCAACCUCACCUGACAAUGAAGAUACGCACUGGCAGAACACUGUGCUGCCACUGGCCACAGUUCCCCUUGAGCAAGAUAACCAGGUCAAGGGGGAGCUCCACAUCACGCAGGAUCUAACCAACCAUCGCUUCCUAAACGUGGAUCUCAAAUACUCGGUGAACAGCGGUGAAGAGAUAACAAGAUGUUUCAAGAUGGAUGAUAACUGCAAUGACAAUGACUUCUGAGUUGGGUUCAUCUUCCUCACCAUCUCUAGUCUAUCAGGCAAACGAGAAACCAAGCCGGAUUGGGGAUAAAGUCCCAGUUGGAGUUUGAGUGAAAAGCAGUCCAUAACAGACUAGCAGCCAACUAAUGAUUUAUUUUUAGAUCUCUCUUCCAAAGACUGCCUCACUACUUAAAAGUUCUGUGAUCCUUGCCUUUGUUGAUAAAAGCAAGCUUACUUCUGUGGAGGUCUUUCACUUUGGGUACAAGAAUUUUCCUGCAAGGAAGAUUUGAAUCUCGGUAGA